GAUAUAUAUUUAUUACAACAGUAGCAAAAACAUAUAUACAAUGGGGUGUCUGUUCGGCCAAUCAAAAACUUUGAGCUGAAACCACGUGGUUUAAAACCCCGGAAGAAAAGAAUGAGGACUUUAGAUCCCGGACAAAGUUGCACAUGUCUCCAGUCUUCAGUACUUUUUCUUCAUUUUCAGGAUGAGGUCGGCUUUGCUGCAUGUCGUGAUACCAUUGGUGAUCAUCACCGCCCUGUCGAGGACGAGUCUUUUCAGUGACGUUCACGUUGACCUGACUUAUGAGCAUUACGCAGAGCAAAGGCUGGACUACCUGCCAGCUUUCUUGGCCAUGCCGUGUAACUGUCUCGUAAACGUGGGUUACAUCCUCGUGGGACUAUACUGGCUGUUUUGGGGCGGAAGCAUCCAGGAAACCCAAGAGAGUAGAUAUUUGAGGGAGGUGUUCGCUCUCAUGGCCAUCUGCUACGCGCCGGUGCAGUGGACGCGCCUUGCUACGCUGCAGCGCGCCCCCGCCGUGCUGGAUCAGUGGGUGACGUUACCGAUCUUCGCCUGGGUUCCUGUUUGGAUCUUCUACAUAGAAGAGCUGCCGCAGAGGUGGCGCGUAUGGAGAGCGGCGGCGCUGGAACUGUGCUCCGUCCUCAGUUACGGCCUCGCGCUUGCGCACGAACUCGGCUUCGAGGCGACUCUGGUCUGUCACGUGACGUUUGCGGUAUAUAAAGGAGUCCGCCUGCAGGUCUGGCACGGGGAUGAUCGCUCUCGGCUGCACCUUCUGCAGGCGAUGGUGUCCUGCGCGGGCUUUGUGGGGCUGAAGCUGCUGGAUCACCGGCUCUCUGACCUCUGGCUGUUCCAGAGGCUCACCGGACACUUCUGGUCCAAAGUGUGCGACGUGCUGCAGUUCCACUACAGCUUCUGUUUCCUGACCGCGGUCACGCGCAGGGCGCAGAAAAAGACAAGCAAAACCACUAAGUGACACGUCUUACAAAAACAAAGCAGGGAAAUAAACUGAUGGGAGAAAAAAAGCUUUUCUCCAGCUAACAAAUAAAAUCCAAUAGUGCUAUCAA